UGCAGUCCCAGAAACCAUGUCCUCCGCAGAGUCGGUAGCCUCUAUUGUCACCACGACCGCUGCUGUUGGCAUGACUGAGCUAACCUCCGCCCUGGAACAAACCAGUCCCUCCAUUGCCCCCUCUUCUUCCAUGCAGCCGAAAGGAACCUCACGGCAGGAGACAACAACUCAACCCCCGCCUUCUGGCUCUUCCACAACGAAACCGGAGGUGAGCUCUGCCCGAGGCACCACCGUUUCUACGCCAACUUUUUCCCCUUCCACUGACCACUCUUCCAUUGCCCUUACCGAGGAAACCACCGUCUCCUUCCGGUCUGCCAGUCCUCCAGCCAGGGUCGAAUCAACAGCAGCUGAGGGGACCAGCCCUUCCCUCUCUUCGGCAACAUCUCCUACGGCUGCUAAGCUGAGAACUUCGACUAUUGAGGUGACCGGAUCCACCCCGAUGAGGCCGCAUUCCACUGUGGAGACUGGCUUCACGUCUCUUGAAAAUCAAACUACGCAAACCUUCAGCAAGGUUUCUCCCACGAAGGCUGAGCUGACCUCAGCAGAAGUGACCAAAACAGCUUCACCAGCAUCCGAGUCACCCCUGGCCACGUCUCUUUCCAUGCAGACUGUAUCCUCUCCGGCUCGGACCUCGCCGCCAUCGUCUCCCUCGGAGACCACCAUUGCAUCCCACGGCACGAGUUCUUCUAUUCAUGCAGAGUCCACCCCAACUGAAGGAAGCACCACCUCUUCGCUCCAUUCGGCACAAUCAAGCACUGCAGUCCCAGAAACCAUG